AUGAAGGCCACCGAAACCCCUUCUGCCGUGAAAGCCGCCUACACGCCGUCGGCGACCCCUCUUCGUUGGCUGCCUCGUGUGUGGAUCAUUUCCCUCGUCCUCAUUAUUGGAGUCAUCGGCGGCAUCGUCUACUUGGUAUGGACGUCGCCCCCUCAAACUGCCAUGGAAGCAUUCGAUUCGACCAAGAUCAUGUUGCAAGCGGGGCAGCCGUCAGGUGCUUAUGACGAUCGACCCCUCAGUGUCUGCUACGACUCGCACGAAGCGUGGGUGCCUGGCAAAGUGGACUUCCACUUCAACCGCAUCAAGGAACGGUUUUCUGGAGUCCGAACGUUUCAAACCAUUGGCUUGCGCAACCACAUCGACGUGGCGGCAGAGGUGGGGCUCAGUAUCCACGCUGGGAUUUGGAUCCAAGGAGCGAAUGGAAACGUUGAAGCCGACAUGCAAGCUGCGGUUGACGGCGCGCGGCGCCACCCGUCCAGUGUGCGGACCAUAUUCGUUGGCAACGAAGAGUUGAUAGGCGGGCGAUUCACCGAGGAGUUUGUGUUGGCUCGGGUGCGGCAGAUGAAAGCCAAGCUGGCGAGCGUCGGGCUGAGUAUUCCUGUGGGCAGUGUACAGACGGAUGGCGACUGGCUGAAAGCGCCAUCCCUGGCGGCCGAGUGCGACGUGUUGGGGGUGAACAUCCAUCCGUUUUUCAGUGGCAGCGCCGACUCUGGUGUAGAUCCUGUGCUCGACCUCGGCCGGCGGUGGGGCGCCAUGAUCAGUCGGUUUCCGACCAAGUCGGUGGAGCUUACAGAGACGGGAUGGCCCACCAGUGGACGUCCAAACGGCCAUCACGUGCCUAGCAUGGCCCUCGCUGAAAAGUACGCCAACGACGUCGACGCUUGGGUGCGUCGAGGCAACGGAGGCACGUUACCCGCCUACUUUAUGUUCCACGACAACUUGGGCAAACCGGACGACUUUGAAAAAGCAUUUGGGCUCGCGUGGGCGUCUGGCGAGUGGAACUUUGGUGGUGGGAGUGGCAACCCACGACGUGCUAGCCAAAGUAAAGAUGUGAUCGUCCACGGCACCCCAGCACCUGUAGCCGCGAACGACACCCGAGGGACGUUUAUCACAAGCAUCAAAGUACCCCAUGCCAACGUCGUCGCCGCCUUGGCUAUCGACAACGCUACGAUCAACCAACUCUGGCAUAGCCGACGCGUGGAGUUUCACCAGUUACGGUCAACCUGGCGCGAGGACGACGCGCCUGCCCACUGGACGCUACGUGGCCCGUUAGUCGUAGCGGCAUCAACGGUGCCAGACAAGGCUAGUAAUGUUAGUAGCGAGAAUGCCAUCGCCCUGUGUUUGGACGCGUACGAGCCAUGGAUCGGUGGGGAUAUCCAUGGGUAUUCGUGCGACGACCAGAAUGACAACCAACAAUGGACGUACAAUGGAACCACGCACCAAUUGCAGCACCAGCGGCACAUUGGAUUCUGUCUGGGCAACGUCAACAACGAACCGCGAUUGGUCAAGUGCAAUUCGAGUGCUGACAUUACGUAUUUGACCUAACGUUGACACGGCUAGCCAGAA